AGCAAGGAGCUCCACCAGCUGUUGUCACUCAACAUGUAGCUCCACCUACUACUGUCACUCAACAAGUGGUUCCACCUCCUACUGUGCAACAAGUACCUUUGACCACUGAGGGUCUCCCUGUAACAGAUGAUGGCCUCUAUUGUAAUGUGCCAGAACAUCAUGAACUAGAGGAUUAUGUGAGUGAACUACAAGACAAGAUUAAAUUACUCAAGGAGAAACUGGCAAUAGUUAAGGAACAAAGAAGAUCAGACCUAGUUCUAGUAAGUCCAGUGAGAAGAACCAAAGAUAAACAGAAAGAAAGAAGUGCAAUUAAAAGAUUAAAGGGUGAACUAGAAGAUCGCAGAGAUGAACUAGAGGGACUGGAUCUUGCAAUAGAGUCACAAAAGGCAACUCUUCAAUUUAUGAAGGAGGAGGAAAGAAAGUUGGGAAAUGAAAAGGAGGCUGCCAAC